AUGCCGCCUCUCAACUUGCCGCAUGAUGACCAGGACGGCCUCAUCGAAAUCCCGAUCGAUAAAACUUUUAGUGAUGGGGAUAAAACUAUCUGGCCGACACAUGAGCGUCAUGAAAAAGAAGAUCCUAAGCUGUACCUCGUGAAACUCGCCAGUUUGUGGAUGAAGGAGAGAGGGGAGGCGAAAACAGGGAAACAUUAUAUUCUUGACCAACUGCCUGAAGGAUAUGUGUAUAUGUCCCGGGCACGUCAACACCAUCCUGAUCUUCGGGACAAAUAUCUGUUCGGUCACCCGUCAGGCUAUUACUACAACUCUCCAAAUCGAUUCUGGCCUCAUUUUUACUAUCUGAUGAAUCAUGGUGCCACUCCAUGCCGCUGCGAACCUUGUCGAGCCAAGAAGCAGUUAUUGACAGUUGACGACGGGUCUGGAAUGGGAAGCCAGAGACGUAAGCCUGGGCCUAAACCUAAACCCAGAUUAGGUGAAUAUCACAUAUCCACAAAUGGCGGAAUAAGAAGACCAGGGCGUCACAAAAUGAGAAAAUAUGUAGCCGAAGAUGAAGAGGGAACGCCAGAUGUGUUCAAAAGUCUCGUAAUGAAGUUGAAAGCUUCAGUUACCCUAGAUGAACCGAUCAAGGAACCGUUAAGUAUGGACUGGAGAGCCGAGCGCAGUCAACUUCAGGACCAUAUCACCAGAAUAUUUAUGCAACAUUCGUUCAUCCCGCGUAUUGGUGAACUUGUUUUAUGUUGUUUUUCCUUCCGGGGAACAGAGUUAAAAUACAACCCACGUACUGAGAGCUUCGAAAUGUAUUGUCGGAAAACGAAGAAAUUCCUUGGAAUCCCUGAAUGGCGAGCAGGAACUGUUACACAAACUGCGAUGGAAGCUCCAAUUCUCGAAGACGUAAUUACGGAAACAAAGAAGAAAUUGGCUGUCAACAUGUCUGGCUUCCGGGUGGAGACGUUUCCGGACCCAAAUAGUACAGAUAAGAGCCUCUCAAGCCAAUACAAAUACGUGCCACUGAGCUGCAUCCGGCCUCUUAACUAUUGGCAAAUAUUUUUGCAGGGGAUCCCCCCCGGCGACUACCACCCGUCUAUUCAAAAUGCACUCACGAUCAUGUCUUCUUUCUCAGUGUUGGAUAAGUACCAUUUUAAGGGAAAAUGGCCGGACGCUACCGUCUAUUGCAAAGGAAUCUUCAUUGGCUCCGAACUCCUGAUCAAAGGCGACGGUGUUCGACUCAUGCCGCGGUCAGAAACGCCUUCGGCAGGCCCAUACAACCAAGUUACCGAUGUGCUAGUCAUAGAGAGCAUUCACGUCAAGCUCCGAAACUGUGACGCAAAUAUGUCCUCUCCGCUACUGUGUGAGUCAACAGCAGUUCGUCUCGUGGGUAAAACUUAUACCCUUUCACCCAAAAAUGCUCAUAGAGAACCACAAUCGAUCGACCCCCCAAAACCACUUACUGAAGAGGAGGUUAUUGAUUCAUUUGAAUGCGUGGGAAUGCGAGGGUACGGAACAUGGUACCGUAUGCACCCAAAAAGGCAUAGCAUUCAGAUAUCCCUAGAUCAUGUUGUUGGUCGUUGCUACGAGUCAGAGCUCAUGGCCCUAAUGUUUGACGAUCUCUCUCUGGGCCUGGAUCUUGAAGGCGUGAAAUACGGCCGUGAGUAUGGUCGAUCAACUGAUCAACGAUUAAGUCCAGGAAAGAAGUGGUUUUGCGGGGAUUCCAGAGUUGAGGCUCUCGCCCUCGAAACGUUGAAUCAGCAUGAAGUGGGCAUAUAUGAUGACGCCAGGGAUGUAAAGAUGUUCCGCUCAAAUUUGAGGAUAAUUGAUGGAACGGCGACCAAUGCGGACCUCAGGGAUGCUAAAAUCACCCGUACAACGGGCAGACCACGGGCCGGGCUCAUUGGUGGCAGAACUCCGUCAACCACUUUUGAAAGCGUGGGCAGGAUGAGCACCCUAGUUUCAAGUGCGCUUGGGCCGCUAGAGGCUUCUAUUAUCCCUAGCCCUAUGGAUCUUACGUCCGCUCCUGCUUCGGAUGUCCAGGAACUGGACUCCGCGGAUUCUUCUGAGAGCGAGACAAGUGACGAGUUGGCGAGCGGAUUUCCGUCGAUGCUUACGGUCCGUGGUGGAACGGAAGAGAGCGAAGGCGGCGACUACAAACCCUCCAACACUGGGCCACAGGCGAAGCGGAUUAAAUACAUGUGA